GAAAGAAUCAGUUUGCAAAACAACAUUUAGUGUGUCCCCUCUUAAUCCUACAAUUAACAUUAACAGAACAAUCCUACAGUGAAUAUUCCAAAGACGCUUGGUCCAAUUCAUGAUAUUCGCUUCCAAGACAUGUACUCAAGAAAAGAUACUGCAUUGCAUGACGAUUAUAUUUGAAAAAAACACAAUGUUUGCUUUUAUCUUGAUAAGUUCCGCAUUGCUUUCUGCUUCUGCUGACGAUCAAACGGAACCCAAUAUUAAUACAAAGGAGGGCUACAACAUUUCCAUUAGUGACUUUACUGUCCAUUCCGAUUUCAAGAAUUAUUUAUCGUCGAUAAUUGAAACUAAAAUUGCCAAAGCAGUGAAAGAAAUUCUCAAUCAUUUGAACGACUAUGAUUCGGCACAAUUUCUUGCAGGACUAACACAAGAUGAAUAUAUUUUCUUAUUACUUUUACAAUUUAUGACCACAUCUGAUAAUAUAAUGACAAAUCAGCUGUUAGCAAUUGCCUCUGAAAUAAAAACCAAUAAAGCACCGAUAAUCCGGCAGUCCACAAGAAAUUUACUCAGUUUUUCCUCUGAAAAAAUGUAUAAAGUCAUUGAUUCAUUAGUCAACGCUGAAAAGAGAGGUUUGGUAAAUUUUCCACCAAAUUUACUAAUAAACAUAAUGUUGAUGUCCAACAUGUCAGACUUGAUACUCCAAGCUUGUAAGGAAGAUAAUGUUGAAAAUCUUAAUUGGCUUUUUAAAAUUGGUAGUUCUUAUGAUUUAACAAAAGCACUGCAUGAAGCUUGGCAAAAUGAAAAAUGGAACAUAGUUAGAUUGCUCAUUAAGCACGGAGCUUUAAAUGAUAUUGAGAGUGUUCAACUAAGGCUUCAGUCCAAAGAGAAUGAAACAUUUCUCCAUUUUGCCGCUAGUUCAAAUUCAUCUAAAUCUGUUGAAAAACUAAUUGCAUCUGGUGCAAAUGUUAACAUUCCUGAUUCAAAUGGUCAUACUCCUUUGUACAGAGCAGUAAGUAACAAUGAUCAAGAAACUGUACAAAUAUUGAUCAAAAAAGGAGCAAACGUUAAUUUAAGAUCGAAAUCAGGAAACAUACCACUUCACGUUGCAGUAGAGAAUGGCAACUUGGGCGUCGCUGAAGAAUUAGUCCAUUCUAAUAGUCAAAUAAAUACAAAAAACCAUAAAAGACUAACUCCAUUACAUAUCGCCGAACAAAAAGGGAUAAAUGGUAUUAUAAAAAAGUUAUUAAAUAAUAAUGCAAUUCUUCCUAGCAACAUAGGAGAAGGUUUGUCACUUCUAUAUUCAACAUUACUUGUGGAAAAUAAUCAUAAUGAAAAAACGACGCAAAAUGAAGAUACAUCUUUGUACUCCAUUUCACAAAUAGCAGUAUUACUUAUAAACUUUGGAGGUACAAUGUUUAUAAAUAGUGAUUUGAAAUCUGAAUUAAUGAGAAUAAUAUUACAAAAUGGAGAUGAAAAACUAUUUGAAAUGAUGAUAAACUUAGGAGGAAACAUAACCUCAAUUAAUCAAAACGGGGAGUCUUUUUUAUUUGAUGUUGUCAGAGAAGAUAAUCAAUACGGUGUCAGCUUCUUACUGAACAAACGUCUGAAUGUCAACGCCAAGGCUAGAGAUGGUUUCUCAGUUCUGCAUGUUGCAGCAGCAAAGGGAAAUAAAGAUGUUAUAAAACUACUAAUUCAACAUGGAGCUGAUAUAGGAGCUAGAAAUGUAGAUGGUAAGACACCUUUACACGAAGCCGCAAUGGCCAACAAACUGGAGGUUGUGUUAUUCCUACUUGAAAAAAAAGCUGAUAUUAAUGCAAAAGAUAUUACAAGUAAAACUCCAAUAUAUUUAGCAGCACUUAUGGGGCAUGAAUCAAUGGUACAGCUGUUGAUAAAAAAUGGAGCCGAUUGUCAUCUUCAGACAAAAACAGGAGAAACGACACUACAUGCAGCUGCUUCUAUUGGCAACUUAGCGAUUGUGAACUAUUUACUGGAUAGUGAGGAUUGUGGAAUAAGUGUUAAUUCUCUUAAUGAAGAUAAUAUGACUGCUUUGCAUAGAGCUGCUGAAUCGGGUCAUUCAUCAGUUGUUAUAACACUGCUGAAUAAUGGUGCGCGAAUUUAUUCACAAACAAAAGAAGAUGGGUGGACAGCUUUACAUUUAGCCGCCAAAAAUGGCUCGACGAUUGUUGUUAAACUUUUGUUGGAAAGAGAUAUGGAUGUUAACGUUGCUAAUAAUGAUGGAAAAACUCCGCUAUAUGUGGCUUGUUAUUUGGGCCAGGAAAAUGUUACCUCGCUGCUCCUUAGUAAAGGUGCCAAUAUUAAUUCUAGGACAAAGAAGAAUGGUUCACUUCCUUUGCAUGCUGCAGCAACAAGAGGUUAUGCUGAGAUUGUAAAUAUUUUACUUAACCAAGGAGCCAAUAUUAAUGAAACAGAUUAUGGAGGUGAAUCUCCUCUUUUUAAAGCUUCUUAUUGGGGCAAUCAUAAAGUUGUAAAAAAACUCCUUGCGAGGGGAGCUAAUGUCAAUUCAAAGACAAUGAGCGAUGAGUGGGCACCUUUGCAUAUGGCAGCUAGAAGAGGAUUUAUGGCAAUAGUAAAUGCUUUACUCGAUGGAGCUGCAACUGUAGAUAUAACGAAUAAUGAUGACAAAACUCCUUUAUUUGAAGCUUCUUAUUCGGGGCAUGAUAUUAUAGCAAAGGUUUUAAUCCAAAGAGGAGCCAAUGUAAAUGGUAGGACCAAGAGAGAUCACUGGACACCACUGCAUAUGGCAUCAUCGCAGGGAAAUCUUCUAGUUGUGAAACUCUUAGUAGAAUAUGGUGCAAAAGUUAACCAAUAUAAUAUAGAUGGGAAAACUUCUCUCUUUGAGGCUUCAUAUUCAGGCCAAAGUGAUGUUGUUAAAUAUCUUAUUAGUAAGGGAUCCAAGGUAAACAUUAGAACCAAAAUUGAUGGUUGGGCUUCUUUGCAUGUAGCUGCCUCACGAGGACACUUAGAUGUAGCAAAGGAGCUGCUCAACAAAGGUGCUGAUGUUAAUAUCAGAAAUAUAGAUGAUAAAACACCUCUUUUUGGAGCUGCUAGUGCUGGAAAAACUAAUGUUGUAAUGUUAUUACUUGACCGAGGUGCGGAUAUUAAUAUUAAGACUAAAAAAAAAGGCUGGGCACCACUUCAUGAGGCAUCAGCUAGAGGUUAUAACCAAAUUAUAAAUGUUUUAGUUGAUAGAGGAGGAGACGUAAAUAUUAAGAACACAGAUUACAAAACACCCUUGUCAGAAGCGGCGUAUGCUGGUCAUGAAGAUAUUGUUAGGAACUUACUUCAAAGAGGAGCAAAUGUUGAUUCGAAGAGUAAAAACGAUGGCUGGACUCCAUUGCAUUCAGCAGCUUCGAAGGGCUAUGUAGAAAUAGUAAGGGCAUUACUUGAAAAUGGAGCAAGUGUUGAUAUAAAAAAUAAUGAAGAAAAAACUCCUCUCUACGAAGCCACAUAUAACGGUCAUUAUGAUGUUGUAAAAGAACUUCUUGCGAAAGGAGCAGACAUGAAUGUUAGAAUUAAACAGAAUGGUUGGACCCCUUUACAUCUUGCUGCAUAUCGAGGCCAUUUAGGAGUGAUUAUUGCAUUGCUUGAUAAAGGCGCAUCUAUUGACAUAAGGAAUGAUGAGGGGAAAACCCCUCUCUUAGAAGCUGCUAAUGCAGGUCACACUACUAUUGUUACAGAACUACUGGAAAGAGGCGCUGAUGCAAAUAUUAAGACAAAGGAUUGUGGAUGGACUUCAUUACACAUAGCCGCAUCAAAAGGUCAUUUGCAAGCAGUCAAUGUUUUACUUGACAAAGGAGCUGUAGUUAAUGAAGAAAAUGAUGAUGGCAAAACUCCACUAUUUGAAGCUGCCUUUGCAGGCUACCACGAUGUAGUUAAAGAACUUCUUAAAAGAGGAGCUAAUGCAAAUAUAAAGACAAAGAAUCUUGGUUUGACUUCCUUACAUGUGGCAGCAUCUGAAGGCCAUCUCAAGGUAGUUAAUAUUUUAAUAUACAAAGGAUCUGCUAUUAAUGAACAAAGCCAUGAAGGUAGAACUCCACUUUUUGAAGCUGCUAAUGCUGGUUACGCUGAUAUAGUUAGAGCACUUCUAGAAAGAGGAGUUGAUCUAGAAAUUAAGACAAAGAUUCUAGGUUGGACAGCAUUACAUAUUGCGGCAUCUCGUGGUCAUUUAGGUGUUGUUAUAGCACUUCUUGACAAGAGAGCAAAUAUUGAUGUACAAAACAUUGAUCAUAAGACUCCACUUUAUGAAGCUUCUAGCGCAGGACAUGAUAAUAUUGUCGAAAGACUUUUGGAAAGAGGUGCUGAAAAAAAUGCUGAAACCAAAAAUGAUCAUUGGACAGCUCUACAUGUAGCUUCAUCAAAUGGUUAUCUGAAAAUAGUCAAUGCUUUGCUCGAUAGCGGAGCGAUGAUAGAGGCUAAAAAUGUAGACAACAAAACGCCUCUCUUUGAAGCUGCUUAUGCAGGACAUAAUACUACCGUAAUAACUCUCCUUGAAAGAGGAGCUGAUCCAAAUGGUAAAACAAAAAAAAUGGGUUGGUCAGCACUUCAUAUUGCAUCAUAUGAAGGUCAUUUAGAAAUAGUCAAUAUUUUGCUUAGUAGAGGAGCCCAUGCUAAUAUAAAAAGUUAUGAAAGAGAAACUCCAAUAUUUCAAGCUGCUUCUCUAGGGCAUGAUAAUAUUAUUAAAGCAUUGAUUAAAAAAGGAGCUGAUGUGAAUGUCAAAUCGAAUACCCUAGGUUUAACUCCUCUUCAUGUUGCAGCAUCUCGAGGCAAUUUUAAAUCAGUUAAUGUACUCCUUAAUGGAGGAGCUCUACCCGAUGUAUGGAACAAAUAUAAAAAAACUCCUCUGUUUGAUGCUGCUUAUUUUGGUUAUAGCUCUAUUCUUAAAGUCUUACUAGAAAAAGGUGCAGCAGUUGAUGGAAAAAUAGUGUGAUGUAAAUUUAUCACUAACCAUAAAGCCACUGUAUCUGUAAGAUAUCUCAAAUCUAUUCACAUUCCAAAUAUCUGCUAAUAAAAAAGAUUCAUAUUCAAUCAGUA